GAUUACUGAUGUGAGCCACUGCACCCAGGCUAGAGUAUACUUUUGAUAAAUAUUUUUGAUUACGUAGAAUAAUUUUACGGUGAGUUCAAAGUAGGCUUUUGCAGUUUUUAUUGUGGACAUGUAUUUAUACUGUUAGUUUCAGGAUAUCUUUACUUAUCAUCUCCUGUGUUUUUAAUCAUGAUGUUUCCUUUUCAAACAACACAUUAUGAUGAAAGAUCAGUUUUCAAUGAAAUCAUUUAUAAGUAUGUACUAGCUACUGCAACUUCGGGGUUUGGAAAGGAAAAAUUAAAGUGCGCUAUGUUUACAUGUUGGAAACAUGUUGGAGAAAUCAGUCUAGGAUUGGAAAAAGAUGGGAAGAUUUAGGAGUAAUUGUUAAUGGGUACAAGGUUUCUUCUUAGGGUGAGAAAAUGUUCUAAAAUUAUUUGUGGUGAUGGUUACACAAGUAUGAUUAUACCUAAAAUCAUUGAAUCAUACACUUUAACUGGAUAAAUAAAAGGCUUUUAUAUUGGAAAGGAAAUAGUAAAACUGUAUCUGUUUGUAGAUAACAUGAUCUUAUAUACAAAACAAAAAUCUUAAGGAGUCCCCUAAAAAUCUAUUAGAGGUAAUAAAUGACUUUUCACACUACCCACAUAGGGGUCCAUAUGGCGUUCUGGAUUCCCAUCAUAGCUUAAAGCGAAACUUUUCACCAUGUCCAUAGCCCUUGAUGUCCUGCAAAUGAAGGAGGAGGAUGUCCUGCAAAUGAAGGAGGAGGAUGUCCUUAAGUUCCUUGCAGCAGGAACCCGCUUAGAUGGUACCAAUCUUGGCUUCCAGAUGGAACAGUACAUCUCUAUGAGGAAAAGUGAUGGCAUCCACAUCAUAAAUCUGAAGAGGACCUGGGAGAAGCUUUUGCUGGCAGCUCGUGCCAUUGUUGCCAAUGAAAACCCUGCUGAUGUCAGUGUUAGAUUAUCCUCCAGGAAUAUUGGCCAGAGGGCUGUGCUGAAGUUUGCUGCUGCCACUGGAGCCACUCCAGUUGCUGGCCACUUCAGUCCUGGAAUCUUCACUAACCACAUCCAGGCAGCCUUCCAGGAGCCACGGCUUCUUGUGGUUACUAACCCCAGGGCUGACAACCAACCUGUCACAGAGGCAUGUUAUGUUAACCUAUCUACCACUGAUUUGUGUAACACAGAUUCUUCUCUGCACUAUGUGGACAUUGCCAUUCCAUGCAACAAAAAGGGAGCUCACUCAGUGGGUUUGCUGUGGUGGAUGCCGGCCCAGGAAGUUUUGCGUGUGUGUGGCACCAUUUCCCAUGAAUACCCAUGGAAGUUCAUGCCUGAUCUCUACAGAGAUCCUGAAGAGAUUGAAAAAGCAGAGCAGACUGCUGCUGAAAAGGCUGUGACCAAGGAGGAAUAUCAGGGUGAAUGGACUGCUCCAGCUCCUGAGUUAACUGCUACUCAGCCUGAGGUUGCAGACUGGUCUGAAGGUGUGCAGGUACCCUCUGCACCUAUUCAUCAGUUCCCUACUGAAGACUGGAGCGCUCAGCCUGCCACAGAAGGCUGGUCCGCAGCUCCCAGUGCUCAGGCCAUUGAAUGGGUAGGAGCAACCACUGGAAGAUCUUAAGCUGUUCUUGCACACACUCUUAAGCAACAUGGAAAUAAGGUUGAUGGAAAAUAAACAUCAAUUUCUUAAAAAAAAAAAAAAAAGUAAUGCAUUCAGCUAGGUUGACAGAUAAAAUACCAAGAUAGAAAAAUCUAUUGGAUUUUUGCACAGUAUUAGUGGACAAACUGAAAAUGAAGUUAUGAAACAAUUUCAUUUAAAUAUCUUAAAAAGAAAUAAUGUACUUAAGUAUAAAUAUAACAACAGAAGUGUGAAACUUAUACUCUAAAAACUACAUAACAUUGAAAGACAUUAAAGGAAACUAAAUGGAAAGACAUUAAAUGUUGAUAUUUUGAAAAGAUUUAAUAUUUUUAGGAUGGCAGUUCUCCCCCAAAUUGAUCUAAAAUAAAUUUAAAUUUCCUACUAAAAUCACAGCUAAAUUCUUUGCACAAUUUGACAAGCUGCUCUUAAAAUUAAUAUGGAAAUUCAAGGGACCCAGUAUAGCCAAAACAAUCUUGAAAAAGACCAAAAUUGUGUUUCUCACUUCCCAAUUAAAAAACGUAUGAUGAAGCCAUACCAAUAUGUAGUUCUGGCAUAAUGAUAGACAUAUCUAUUAAUGGUAUAGAGUUGAGAACAGAAAUAAACCUUCACAUUUAUGGUAACCUGUCUUUCUAUAAGUGUGCCAUGGCAUAAAGAAUAGUCUUUUCAAUGAAGGGUACUAGAACACCUGCCCAUCCAUAUGGAAAAAAAAAGCUGGACCCCUAUCUCAUAUGUAAAAAUUAACUCAAAAUGAAUUAAAGACUUAGCUGUAAGAAUUAAAACUGCAACCAUUAGAAGAAGACAUAGGGAUACAUGUUUAUGACCGGGCAUAGGAUAUGGGCUGGCAAAUGAUUCUUAGAUAGGUCACGUGCAUGAGCAAUAAGAGAAAAGAAUACAUAAAUUAGAUUUUGUCAAGUUUUGAAACUUUUGUGCUUUAAAGGACACCAUCAAGAAAGUGAAAAGACAACCCACAGAAUGGGAGAAAAUUGCACUCACAUAUCUAUUUUAUCUUGAAUAUAUAAAGAAUUAUUUAGACUCAAUAAUGAUGAAAAGACAAAUAACUCACUUUUAAAAAUGGGCAGAAUA